AUGUCCAGGGCUGACUGGUCCUUCCUGGAGCACCUGUUGGAGGAAGGGCAGGAGUAUAGCACCGGAGUGGGCCGUGUCUGGGUCACUGUCCUCUUCCUGUUCCGCAUGCUGGUCCUGGGCACCGCCGCAGAGUCAGCCUGGGACGACGAACAGGACAACUUCGUCUGUAAUACCAGGCAACCUGGAUGUACCGCCGUGUGUUACGACAAAGCCUUCCCCAUAUCACAUUUCCGGUAUUUUGUCCUCCAGGUGAUUUUUGUUUCCACUCCGACAAUUUUUUAUUUUGGGUAUGUGGCAAUGAGGGCUGCGAAGGAGGAGGACAAGCAGGAGGAUGAGGAAGAGAGGACGGAGGAGGGUGGUGGUGAGGGAGGAGAGAGGGGAGGAGUAAAGGAGGAUGGGGAGAAGAAGAGGGAGGUGAAAAAGGAGCUAGAAGUAGAGGAGGAGAAAGGAGGGAAAGAGACUCCUCAGCUGAAGGGCCGUCUCCUCACUGCCUACGCCGCCAGCAUCCUCCUCAAGAUCCUCCUGGAGGUCGGCUUCAUCGUCGGACUAUGGUACCUCUACGGCUUCGUCGUCCCGGCCCGGUUCGAGUGCGUGCGGGACCCCUGUCCUCACACGGUGGACUGCUUCGUCUCCAGACCCACGGAGAAGACCAUCUUCACCAUCUACACCCAGGCCAUCGCUGGAGUCUCUCUCCUUCUCAACCUGGUAGAGCUCCUCCACCUCUUCCAGCUAGCCAUCACCCACCACCUGGAGAAGCGCUAUGCCCAGGAGCAGUACACCUUUCCUGGCAUAGCUGGGGUCCGAGUCCGGCCUGGGGCUUCAGGGCUGGAGAUGGAGAUGCAGCGAGCUCCGCCUUACCAGGAGAAGGGCCAUCUGUAUUUACCCAUGGGCGAGGCCAGCUACGCCAAGCCCAGUGAGAGUCAUGUGGACCCGGUGUCGGGAGCAGGGAUGGAGCCUGGUGGUGACCUGCUCCCCAGUUAUCUGAACUAUAUGGGGGCUAUGAGGACUACACACUCUUCAGGGAGAGCAACACGACACACAACACACACACAGUAA